UUGAAGGUCAGAAAGCCUUAGGCUGGUCUGUCAGCGAAAUUAAAAGGUUUUCAGUAUCAGAAACAAUAUACUUCCAUGAGGCGUGUUGAUGCCGUUCUUCACAUUUAAUUUGUUUCAGUUGUGCUAAUUAAUCAGUGGGGCUAAGUUCACAGCAAUAAGAAACAACCCUCUUACCUACACUCAACAAUGUUUGGUAAACUUAAAGAGCGAGUGGAGAAAUUUCUGAAUGAGAAGAAUUUUGUAACCGAUUGUCUUGGAAAGAUCGAGGCGAAAACUGGGAUUAAAAAGAAAUACCUCGCAGCAGGUGCAGUGACCGUUACAGGACUGUAUUUAGUCUUUGGAUAUGGUGCUUCCCUGCUCUGCAACUUGAUUGGUUUUGUGUAUCCAGCAUAUUACUCCAUAAAAGCCAUUGAGAGUGCCAACAAGGAUGACGAUACCAAGUGGUUGACAUACUGGGUUGUGUACGGAGUCUUCAGCUUGGGUGAAUUCUUCUCUGACAUCUUUCUGUACUGGUUCCCCUUCUACUAUGUAGGCAAGUGCCUUUUCCUGCUGUGGUGUAUGGCACCCAUCAGCUGGAACGGCUCACAAGUGUUAUACUUGCGUGUGGUGCGGCCUUUCUUCCUCAAACAUGAGGCAGCAGUGGACAGCGUGGUCAACGACUUGAGCGGGAAAGCCAUGAGUGCAGCAGAGAAUGUGACAAGAGAAGUGCUACAAACACUGGUGAAAAACAAGAGAAUUCUUCCUACGGAGGCAGCUACCAAAGGGCUGCCCAGCACGUCUGUAUGUAAACUAACCCUUAGCCCCCUUCUGCUUCCUCUGCACACUCACCGCUUUUUUCUGUGUUGCAAUUCCAAAAGCUUGCUUUGAGCCUCCUUAGGUAUUGGACACUGUUUGUCAU